AUGGGAACCUGUCAUAUCCAGGCUUUGAUGUUCUACUUUCUCCUAGGAGCCUCCUCCUUGACCUUGGCCCAACAUCUGGAGUGUUUCAAGAGUAUAUCCACGAGUAUAGAAGCGAAUCCAAGCAAUACAUUUAACUGGACCACAGAGGAAGUUGAGACUUGUGACAAUGGGUCAUUUUGCCAGGAAACUGUACUGAUGAUUAAAGCAGGGGCUGAGACGGCUGUUUUGGCCACUAAGGGCUGUGUCUCUGAAGGGGCAGAGGCAAUGACAUUUAUCCAACACACUGCACCCCCUGGCCUGAUCACAGUCUCCUACAGUGGUUACUGUGAGGAUUCCUUUUGUAACAACAAAGAUGGAGUAUAUCAGUUUUGGCAGCUACAAAGGACCCCAGCUUCCGGUGUGUCAGGAACCCUCCGUUGCCCAACAUGUGUGGCUUUGGGGUCCUGUUUCAGUGCUCCUUCUCUUCCCUGUCCCAAUGGUACAACUCGAUGCUAUCAAGGAAAACUUGACAUCACUGGAGGAGGCAUCAACUCAUCUGUGGAGGUCAAAGGCUGUACAUCCAUGAUUGGUUGCAGGCUGAUGGCCAGAAUCUUUACAGUAGGACCCAUGUUGGUGAAGGAAGUGUGUCCACGUCAGUCUCUCACUGAACCCCGGAUGGCUGAAGAUGGUGCCACCUGGAUUCCCAUUUCAGUUUGGGGACUAGAGCUACUGCUGCCAUUGCUGCUGCAAUCAUUUGUUCUUUUGUCCUGA